AUGCUGCCUGCGGAGUGCUCGCGCCGGCUGGUGGCCGAGCUGCGGGACGCCCUGGACUCCUGCGCCGAGCUACAACGGCAGCUGGAGCAGAGCCUGCGAGUCUCCCGGCGGCUGCUGCGGGCCUGGGAACCAGCCGAGACCCCGGCUCCGGAGCCAACCCCAGGGCCAGAAAUUAAUGAAGAGUCGCCGUCUUCAGCAUGCCCACCCAGCCCUCAGGACCUCAAGGAGCUGGAGCUUCUGACCCAGGCACUGGAGAAGGCAGUACGAGUGCGAAAAGGCCUCUCAAAGGCUGGAAAAGGAGUCAAGGCCCACAGCUUAAAGUCUGGGUCCACUUCCCCUGCCACCAGAGCCUCUGCCCCACCCAGCACCUCACACUGCGCUGGCAGCUGUGCACCAGAGACAAAACCCCCCAGGGGCAUCCGCCCCCCGUGGGUGCCCGCAAAGGAUCUCCCUGGGCGCAGGCUUCUGUUGGUGGGAGAUGGCGCCCAUAUGGGGAAGGGGGCCGGAGCCAACAAGCCUGAAGCAGGCCUCAGGGACCAGCAGAUUAUCCCCCAGGCUGUUCCUCCAGUUCCAGAAGCCUUUACACUCAAGGAUAAGGGGGCCCUACUGCGGCUGCCAGAGGCCUUCAGGAAGGCGGCUUCCCGGAAUGCCCGACUGUGGGCCCAGCUCAGCUCGGUGCAGACCGGGGAUUCUGUGGAUGCUGCUGCUGCCACCGCCAAAACCCAGUUCCUCCAGAAAAUGCAAACAGCCGCAGGCCAGCCCGGCUCCAGGCUCAGCUCGGCAGAGGUGGGGCGCCUGCAGAAGGCCUGCUCACUGCUGAGGCUUCGAAUGAGGGAGGAGCUCACAGCAGACCCCAAGGACUGGAUGCAGGAGUACCGCAGCCUGCUCACCCUGGAAGGGCUGCAGGCCCUGGCGGGGCAGUGUCUGCACAGGCUGCAGGAGCUGCACUCAGCAGUGAUGGAACAGCCACAGGGGCCAUGGCCUGAGGGGCCCCCCAGGGCCGCCUCACCCUGUGGAGGAGGCGCAGACCCAAUGUGGAGCCCCCAGCUGCUUCUAUACUCCAGCACCGAGGAGCUGCAGACCCUGGCGGCCCUCAGGCUGCGGAUAGCCAUGCUGGACCAGCAGGUCCAUCUGGAAAAGGUCCUGAUGGCUGAACUGCUUCCCCUGCUAAGCGAGCAGGAGCCCCUGGGGCGCCCCUGGCUGGCACUGUGCCGGGCUGCGCACUGCCUGCUUUGUGAGGGGGGCCAGCGCUUCCUCACCGUCCUGCGAGAUGAGCCUGCUGACCGACUGAGCCCUCCCUGA